GAGCUAUAUCCCGAACUGGGAAUGUUGUGGACCACUCUCUAAAUUAAUAAUAAAGUGUAGUGGGAUGAUAACACCUGUUUCAUGUGUUUUUGAACGGAGAUAUGAGACAUGAACAUAUUUCACUGUACAACGAUAAGGCAGCUAUAUCCUGCUAUAUAUGGUUAUCAUUGUUGACCUCACGAGAUAUUGUAUGCAGUUCUCCAGAAAUGUUUGUAACACCAUAUCAAUAGGCUGUUUCGAGUCAUUUAGGUAGGUUGAUGUGGUAACGAUAUCCGAGACUCUACAAUAGAAUAUUCGUUUCCAGACUCUGUCGUGGUACAGAUUACCUCGGAACAACUUGUGAAAUGGACGAACACGAAGAAACAGAUGUUCCAAAAGCUGCACUUGUAAAAACUGAAAACGUUUCUGGUGAUAGCCAUCUAGCGUGCACAUCUCCUGACAACGCCAGUAGUCUUACGAUUGACAGCGAUGAUGAUUUUUCCAAUGAAAACGAAGAUGAAAAUUUUGAGGCUUGGCGAGCGACAGAAAGACGAUUAUCUACAGCGAACGACAGCGAAGUUUAUGACUGUGAGGAAGAUCUUGGUAUUAACAUGGAAAACAAGAAUACCCAAAGGAAGACUGAUACGGAUAUUCGUAUUUUCAUAACAUACCUAAGAUCAAUCAACGAAUUCCGCGGACCAGAGUUGAUUCAACCUGUCCAUCUCGAUAGAUAUCUGUCAGCAUUCUUCUCAGUAGUCAAGAAACACGACGGUAACGAGUACGAACCCGCCAGUUUAAGAGGAAUGCUCUGCAGUGUAGAACGAUAUCUUAAACUAAAGAAUUAUCCACAAUCUGUCACCAGGGAUUGUGUUUUCGUAGGGACAAGAAAUGCUUUGAAAUACAAACAACAGAAACUAAGGGAACUUGGUAAAGGCAGCAAAAAGCAACCGGAACCUUUCGGUCGGCUAACUUUGGAAAAGGUCAACCAUUUGUUUUCUGCACAUGAAAUGGGACCAUACACUCCGAUGUCAGUGAUAAAUACACUGUGUUUCUUGUUUAUUGUUCAUUUUAGGUUAAGGAAAGCUAUAGACCACAAAAAUCUUCUGUGGGGUGAUAUCAAACUUAAAACUAACCAAAACGGAAAGAAGUACAUGAUUUAUGAACCAGUAGAUGUCCAAAACUCUAUUGCACAUAGUAAAUAUGAUCACCAUGGGAACAGACUGUGUAUCUGGGAACAACCGGAAAUUCCUGAAAGAGACCCAGUUGCAAUUUACAAACUGUAUGAAGAGAAAAGACCACAAAACAUGAAAUAUGAAAAUUCUCCAUUCUAUCUAGGCAUAACUAGUAUGCAGCCUAUUCCUUUGCAGUCAUGGUAUCGAACAUGCGCGAUGGGAGUCAAUAAAUUGAGCGAUCUUGUCCGAAUGAUUCGCGACAUUACCGGUCUUCCACGUGCAACAAUGAAUGCUCCUACAGAGUUCAUUCUGUCUGAGAGUUACGGAAUGGUGUCCAGCUCAAAACAAGAUAAAGUUCAAUCUAAUUCUUCAAUGCAGAUCACAGACAGUAAACAUUCCAAAAUGUUUUGUCAGACAUUUGAUUCCCCAACACUUGUACCGGACAGAGUUAAAACAGAAAUCGAUUUAUCAGACAAGGACAUAAAUGAUAGGCCGACACUUUGUUCUAGAGUUUCCGAAGAUAGUUACCAGAAUGACGUUAAUAGCGAGGGAACUGUUAAAGAUAUGAAUGGUCAAAUGUCCGACGAUACUGAGGAUUCGGACACUGUUGAAGAAAUAUACGGUACAAGGAUGCUGUCAUUGGUAGAUGCAAAAACAAAAGUUAGAGAACUACUGCAGCGAUUAGAUGACAAUGACAGACUAGAACUCAAAAAAUGGAUCAGAUCCUUAAAUAUCAACACAUUAGAAGCUUCAGAAACUGAAGAAGCGACAAAGGCAGAUGUAAAAUCAAAGAUUGCGACGCCAAACCCAUCCUUUCCAUCAAUUACACUUAAUAUCAAAAUAUCUCCUGACGCUUUGACCGGAGGCAAUCCACUGUCUGUGGUUGCGGACUUUAAACCCGUGAAUGAACCAAGUCAGCCUCUUAUAAAACCGUCGGGUGAAAAACGAAAAGCUGAAACAACAGAAAAUGAUGGCAAGCGCUUGAAAGACAUUGACAUUAGAAACCCGGUGAAUUUAACUUCGGAAAGUUCAAAACGUCUACAUGACAAAGGUUCAAAAACAUGUGAGAACUUCAAAAAUGUCGGAAGGAUGUCCGGUAGCUCAGGCAACACAGCAGUUGUGUUUCCAAGAUCAGACAAAAUAAACUCAGAAACCGUCAGUGCUAAAAGUCAAAACAAUCCAAACUGCGAAAGUGCAGCUGCAAGUGGUACAAAAAUAAUGCCAAGACACCAAAGCACUUCUGACAAUCUAGGAUAUAUUGUUCCAAUGUCAUAUCCAUACAUUGGUCCAAAUUGUUUUUCUCAAGAUCCCAGGGUAUUGAUGAACGCUGCAAAUGUCAUUCCACAAAUGGCUCACUCGGGUGUAAACACUUCGUUUUCAUUUCUACAGUCUACUUUCGGUAGGAAUGCACCAAAGGCACCAACUCAACAGGAUAUAGACAAUAAUAAUGAAAGAUUUGGUUGACAGUAAUUCAUUAAUUGCAAAUAAAAUUCUUUGACACGACUAAAUGCCAAUGGGACAGAUGUACCUUGUUCUUAGUUGAUUCAUAUGUCUCAAAAUUAAUUUUAUUCACUUUUAUUAUAUAACCUUAACCGUUUACGAACUUUCGAUGGCUGAUGAAAGUUAACUUCGUCUGUUCUAUAAUCGGUUGAAAUUAUACUGAUUUUAUCAAGUUCCUUUGGCGAUCUUCGUUGUUGAGGCUUUUGUUGUUUGUUUUAUGUUCUCGAUGUAAUUUUAUUUGGCUUUUUUUCAAAACUUUUUGUUAAGAGCAUAUCUGAUGAAUAGUAUUGCAGAAACACAUCAUCGUCGUGCGUACGGAAAUCGGUGUCCAUAGUUUGUUUUUGCUAUGAUUAUAUAAUGGUCAUGAAAAGCAAAAUGAAUUAUGACUUCAUAUAAAAAAAUCACCAAAAAUAUAAAGGAAAAAGUUUGCUUACAUGUACACAUAAAAUGAGGAAUAUAUUCCUCUAGAGUAUCUAGUGCAAUACAGUUCUCUUCUCUCGACAGUUUGAUUUCAAACACGUGAACGCUUUACAAGGCAUGCGUUGUCUCAAGUUAACAAAUAUUGUGUCUCAGUGAAAGCUGAAGUUAAACUAUUCUCAAGAUAGAAACCAAAAUAAUCACUGAAAUAAGUGCACUGCUAUACUAUAUUUUGAACAACGCUGUCUUGAUUGUUUCACGUAGAAUUGUUUUUCUAUAUAUAAUAUUAAGCCACUUUGUAACAUCA